UUUCAAUUCUCUAUUUCGAUCUUCCUCCGCUCGCCCCCAUCAUGGGAAAGAAGAAAUCCAAAGAACCAGUCACGGUGGCCGUAUCAGAUCCCGUUUCAUCUCGAUCUGAUGUCUUUAAAACCAUCUUCGGUGACGUUUCGCAGCCAGACGCCGCCGUUUCUUCCCUUUUCUCUGAUGACAAUCCAUUCAAAAGAAAACCCAUAGAAUCCGUUGAAGACCCUAAAAAUGUUGAUUCAUUGGAUUCGGUUGCACCGCCAUUGAAGAAUGGGAAGCGGAAGGAGAAAGAGAAAGCUGAAAUCCGCACCUUGGGUUCAACCGGAGAAGCAACCGGGGCUCAUAAAUCAAAGAAAGGGAGGAACCCAGGAAACCUAAAUUUGGGUUCUUCAGAUAGCAAUUUUGGAAGUUCGGUUCUUGAUGCAAAACGCGAAUUAAGUGAGGAAAAUAAGGAAACACCCGAAAGCCUAAAAGGCCUGAAAAAGAAGAAAAGGAAGAGGGACGAGGUGGAGAAAGAGUAUGAGGAAAGGAAAUAUGGGGCGGUGGCGGUGGCGGUGGCGUCAGAUGCCGAGGAGAAGGUGGUUGUGGGGCAGAAGAGGAAGAACCCGGAGGACGUUGGGGUGGUUGCUUCGGUUCCAAAAGAAGGAUUUGACGAUGAAAGUAAACUUUUGAGGACUGUAUUUGUAGGAAAUUUGCCUAUUAAAGUGAAGAAGAAAGUGUUGAUAAAGGAGUUUAGUAAGUUUGGAGAGAUUGAGUCUGUUAGAAUUCGAUCUGUUCCUUUAAAUGAUACUAAGAAGCCGAGAAAAGGAGCUAUAAUGUUGAAGCAAAUUAAUGACAAAGCUGAUAGUGUCCAUGCAUACAUUGUUUUCAAAACAGAGCAAUCUGCUGAGGAAUCUUUAGCCAACAACAUGGCUGUGAUUGCAGGAAAUCACAUUCGUGUUGAUAGGGCAUGCCCACCAAGGAAAAAGUUGAAAGCAGAGAGUGCUGCUCCUCUCUAUGAUAACAAGAGGACUGUUUUUCUUGGUAAUCUCCCAUUCGACGUGAAGGAUGAAGAAAUUUAUCAGUUAUUUUGUGGUAUCAAUAAUCUGGAGUCUAACAUUGAAGGUGUCCGGGUUAUUAGAGAUCCUCAAUUUGGCGUCGGCAAGGGUAUUGCUUAUGUCUUGUUCAAAACAAGGGAAGCGGCAAAUUCGGUUGUUAAAAAACGAACUCUGAAGCUUAGGGAUAGAGAGCUUAGGAUUUCUCAUGCCAGACCGGAUGCCACCCCAUCUAAGAGAACGAAUCAAUCAUCUUCAAGGGAUAGUACCCCAGCGAAGAAGUUUGCAGUUGGUUCAAGUACUCCCUCAACUAAUGACAACAGAUCAAAUACAAAAACUUCUUUGUCAUACCAGGGCUUGCGUGCUAGCAAAUCAGGUAGCGAGAAGAAGACAGUUCGUUCAAAGGGAACUAUUGGCCCUGUAAAAACGAAAUUUAAAGCUCAGAAAAUGGAUAAGACGAAAGAACGCAUGACCAAGAGACCAACCGUUGCUGCUAGAAAGGCUAAGACAAAAGCACACAAGGAUGGCAGUGUUCCCAAGCAAACAGGUGUAAAACGCAAGCUGGACAGCUUCAGUCCGGGGAGUGGUUCCCAUCAUAAGAAGAAAGGCAGAAAGUUUAAGUAGGAACAGAGAAGGAAGACCUUGUAUCAUGCUUUGAUUAAUAGCUCCAACCCAACAGAAUUAUUGUACAAUGUCAAAUUUGUCAUGAUUUUCUCGUUUGAAUUUGCAGCAACAACUUAUAGUGUUA